AAGAUGACUACAUAAAUGCAAGCUAUAUAGAUGGGCAUAAUAGGAAGAAUGCCUAUAUAGCUUGCAUGGGACCAACCACUAAACACAUGGGUGCAGACUUUGCUGUAUUUUGGGAAAUGAUUUGGCAGGAGAGUGUUAGCAUAAUUGUCAUGUUGACAAACUUAAAAGAGUUAGGAGUUCCGAAAUGUGACAAAUAUUGGCCAGAUAGAGGGUCGCAGGGACUGUACGGUGAUGUACAAGUUACGUGUCUUUCAGAAGAUAUUUUGGCAGAUUACACAAUCAGGACCUUCACUGUUCAGAAAGCGACGCAGAAGCGGAAGUUGUACCAAAUGCACUUUACCUCAUGGCCAGAUAAAGGUAUUCCAGAAAGCGUUUAUAGCUUGACAGAAUUCCAAAAGCGUGUAAACAACUUGAACACUGUUACCCCGGGACCAGUCGUUGUCCACUGCAGCGCAGGUAUUGGGCGUACCGGUACUUAUAUUGCUUUAGAUAUUCUGACCAAGGAGGGACGCUCGGAAAAAUACGUUGACAUAUUUGCCUGCGCAAGAAACAUGAGGGAGGACCGUGUAAAUAUGAUACAAACUGCUGACCAGUAUAUAUUUCUCCACAAGUCUCUAGUGCAUGUGCUAUCAGGCUAAGCAGUAGUGGAGUGUUUAUGUUGAUUGACAUUGUGGUAAAACAGUGACUAAAACAUCAGUGAUAUUCAAGAUGUAGAACUCAAACAUGUCAGCGGCUGGACUUUUGUCUUUGAUUUUUUACCUACCUUAUCACUUUAUUAUUCAUGAUAUACAUGUACAAUUGUGUCGUUUUAAAGUCUUAUAACUUCAAAAUUUUGCAUCAUUAUAUAAAUCAAAAUGUAACAUAAAAUGAAUGGAAGGAGAAUGAUGCGGAUA